UCCUGGGUUCCGGCGGGGCUGCAGUGGCUGCCGUCGAAGAAGGAUUGAAGUAACUGGGAUUCGCCGAGAUGUCCUGGCCGGGCCUGUUCAGAGUGGUGACCACGACCCUAAACUGGGGGCUGUGGGCCGCCCGCCGGCCCAUGGCCACCCUGAACCAGAUGCACCGGGCGGGGCGGCCCAAGCGGCCGCCCCCGAAGCUGGGCCCCACGGAGGGCCGCCCGCAGCUCAAGGGCGUCGUGCUGAAGACCAUGACCCGCAAGCCCAAGAAGCCCAACUCGGCCAACCGCAAGUGCGCCCGGGUGCGGCUGAGCACGGGCCGGGAGGCCGUCUGCUUCGUCCCCGGCGAGGGCCACCACCUCCAGGAGCACCACGUGGUCCUGCUGCAGGGCGGCCGCACCCAGGACCUGCCCGGCGUCCGCCUCACCGUCGUCCGCGGCAAGCACGACUGCGGCCACGUGCAGAAGAAGAAGGCGUGAGCCGGGGGACGCCGCCCA